AUGGCGUACGCACAAUCAUGGCUCGAUCUAGAGAAGAGCCUGGGUGGCCGCACGGUCAUGACCGGAACGCCAGAAGAGAUUCGUGCCCAGUAUGAUCAACUUGUGGCCUUGCUGCUUCCUCAAUUGUCUCCCCCAUCAGACGCCGUCGAGAGCAAAGACGGCGAAGUCGAGGGCAUCAAGUACCGCUUGUACACACCAAAGGAAGCUGCCAAAUCAGGCCCCCUACCUGUGGCCAUCUGGACGCACGGCGGAGGCUGGAUGACCGGCGACCUCAACUCGGACGAUUUGCUCUGCAGGGUUGUUGCUGAAGCUGUUCCCUCAAUUGUCAUCAACAUCGACUAUCGCCUUGCCCCCGAGCACAAGGUCCCCACACAGCUCCAGGACUGUUUGACCGUGUACAAAUGGGCACGACAAAACGCCGCCUCGUAUGGAGGUGACCCAAACAAAUUCUACACCGUUGGUGGCUCUGCAGGUGGUGCACUGGCGCUCCAAAUCGCCAACCGUCUGGUCAAAGACCCCUCGAAGCGCGAUGGCAUCAAGGGUGUCGCCGCCGUUGUGCCCUGUACGCUGCACUGGGACAACGUCCCAGAGGAGUAUAAGGGUAUCUACAAAGCGUACGAGGAGAACAAGGAGGGCGUCCCCAUCAUCGACAAGAAAUCGAUGCAGAUUUUCUACGAACACGCAGGCGCCGAUCCCAAGGACAGCGACAUCUUCACCGCUCUGGCCACAGAUAACCACGCCAACUUCCCUCCCACAUAUUUCGUCAGCUGUGAAAAGGAUCCCUUGAGAGAUGAUGCGUACGUGAUGGAAGCCGCACUGAAGAAGGCAGGUGUCCCUACCAAGCACGACCACUACAAGGGAUUGCCUCACUAUUUCUGGAUCUUCCCCUCUGUGCCCGAGGGGCAGCAGUUUGUGGCCAACUUGAUUGGGGGUAUCAAGUGGCUUGUGUCGCAGAUGUAA